AUGGCUUCUUCUACAGCUUUGUCCCUUUCAUGGAGCUCCUCGCUUUGUUCGUCCCACAGCUUCAAUGGCGUCGCAUUUGAAACCCUAAAAGUAUCCCCGCAAAGGUCCAGUUUGGAGGUGCUUGCCCAGAAGAAAGCCAAGAAACUUCGAAAGGUAAUCUUGAAAGAAGAUGUGUUGGACUUGGGUAAGCAAGGGCAAUUACUAGACGUGAAAGCCGGGUUUUUCAGAAACUUCCUCUUGCCCACUGGAAAGGCUCAGCUCAUUACUCCGAUUCUGCUCAAGGAAAUGAAGAUGGAAGAUGAACGAAUAGAGGCAGAAAAGCAAAGGGUGAAAGAAGAGGCGCAACAAUUGGCAAUUAUAUUUGAAACUGUUGGGGCUUUCAAGGUUAAACGCAAGGGUGGUAAAGGCAAACAGAUAUUUGGAUCGGUCACUGCACAAGACCUUGUUGACAUCAUCAAAGCACAGCUUCAAAGGGACAUAGACAAACGCCUUGUCUCUCUUCCAGAAAUUCGCGAAACUGGAGAAUAUAUUGCUGAACUCAAACUUCACCCAGAUGUCACUGCUCGAGUUAGGCUCAACGUUUUCGCCAACUAA